GGCUGCAGGCUCCGAUCUCACUCCGAUUCGGCGGCCAGAGUCUUGUGGAGGCGUGGAGUUCCGGGCGAUCGCUGAGCGCCGGCUCCAAGCACUCCGGGUCGUUACACAAUCCACGUCCACAGACUCAGACGAAGGCGAGGAUCCGCUCCCGUUUUUGCUGCUCGUCGUCCUCCGGAUCAUGUCCGCAGCUCCCGGGACUCCGCGCGGAAAAAGUUUGCCCGGCGUGGAUCCAAUGACCUUCCCAAGCUGUGCGCCUCACUGCCUGGACAGGGUCUGAGAGGCGCUGCCCAGGCAGACCUUUCUGCAGGAGGGUUCUCUCUGCGUGCUGUUGUCACUCUGGGUUUUCGCCGGAGCCCCACGCCCACCCGCCUCUGAGUCCUGGAAGAAAGGGGCGGCUCCCUCCGCUCCCCAGCACCCCGGAAAAUGGGGAGCAAGGCUCUGCCAGCGCCCAUCCCGCUCCACCCGUCGCUGCAGCUCACCAAUUACUCCUUCCUGCAGGCCGUGAACACCUUCCCCGCCGCGGUGGACCACCUGCAGGGCCUGUACGGUCUCAGCGCCGUGCAGACCAUGCACAUGAACCACUGGACGCUGGGGUACCCCAACGUACACGAGAUCACCCGCUCCACCAUCACUGAGAUGGCGGCGGCGCAGGGCCUAGUAGACGCGCGCUUCCCUUUCCCGGCUCUGCCCUUCACCACCCACCUCUUCCACCCCAAGCAGGGAGCCAUUGCCCACGUCCUCCCGGCCCUGCACAAGGACCGGCCCCGUUUUGACUUUGCCAACUUGGCCGUGGCCGCCACGCAAGAGGACCCCCCUAAGAUGGGAGAUCUGACCAAGCUGAGCUCGGGGCUGGGUAGCCCCAUCUCGGGCCUCAGUAAAUUGACUCCGGACAGAAAGCCCUCCCGAGGGAGGUUGCCCUCCAAAACGAAAAAAGAGUUUAUCUGCAAGUUUUGCGGCAGACACUUUACCAAAUCUUACAACUUGCUCAUCCAUGAGAGAACCCACACGGACGAGAGGCCAUACACGUGUGACAUCUGCCACAAGGCCUUCCGGAGGCAAGAUCACCUGCGGGAUCACAGGUAUAUCCAUUCCAAAGAAAAACCUUUCAAAUGCCAGGAGUGCGGGAAAGGAUUUUGUCAGUCUAGAACUCUAGCAGUUCACAAAACUUUACAUAUGCAGGAAUCUCCACACAAAUGUCCCACAUGUGGAAGAACCUUUAAUCAGAGAAGUAAUCUGAAAACUCACCUUCUCACCCAUACAGACAUCAAGCCCUACAGCUGCGAGCAGUGCGGCAAAGUGUUCAGGCGAAACUGUGAUCUGCGGCGGCACAGCCUGACUCACACCCCUCGGCAGGACUUCUAGAGAAGCCCAGGAUCUGUCCCGUGCCGCCGCUGCUCCCCUCCCCAGACACCUCUCCACGCCUCCCACCCGGGGUCCCACCCCCAGCCCUUCACUGACCCCAGCUCUUCCCCCGCUGCAGCCGCACCUGCAGCUCCAAGGAGUUAACUCCUCUCCAGGACUGAGAACUGUAGAAAGACACACCAGUACAUCCCUUCACAAAGAGCAUAUGCUAAUUUCUUGUAGAUAUUCACAGCUCAUUUUAGAGCUCUGUACAUAAUGUCGUGGGUCUUUGUUUUGUUUUGUUUGUUUUUGUAUCUUGUGGGAUGCACCUAGAUAUGGAAAAUGGAAGCCAAGUUUAUCUUUAAAGA